AUGGCCGAGCCCGGCCGCGGCGCGGUGCUGGGUUUGUACCGGGCCCUGCUGCGCCGGGCCCGCGGGCUGCGUUACACUGACCGUGACUUCUACGUGGAGGCCGUGCGCCGUGAGUUCCGCCGCCCGCUGCCGCCCGGGGUUGGCCCGGAGGCAGUGCAGAGGCAGCUGGACAAGGGCCGAGCCUUCCUGCGCGGGGAGCGUGGCCGCCUUGUUUGA